GCCGUUAACAACAACCGCUUUUCUCGUGAUUAUUGAAAGGGUCCCACAUUGGUCACGACUAACCACCUAGUUAGGUGGUCCCUCUCUCUUUCUCUCUCCUCUUAUCAUUCAUAGAAUAAAAAAUUCUAACCGAAUAGAAACCUCUCUGUCCCUUCCCAAGAUCUAAUCGCAUUGCAUUUCCCUCCUUUACAUUGCACACUCCAAUCUUCUUUUUGAGAUCUCUCUCUUUCCUUUCACUUCAGUAAGGGUCAAAGAAUUGAAUGAGGAAUUAAUGCAAAUAAAAUGGGGAAGAAGCCAAAUUGGUUUUCCAAUGUGAAGAAAGCUCUUAGUCCUGACUCAAAAGAAAACAAACACCAGAAUUCAAGCGGAUCAAAGAAGAAAUGGUUUGGGAAGAAAAAACUACACACUUCAGACUCAUACCCAGAAACUGAUCAAGCACCUCCUUUUCCUCCACCUGAGGAGGAGAAUACUUUAACUCAUGUUGAGAGUGAAAACAGUCAUGAUCAUGUUGAAGUUGUAACAGAUGUGGAUGCUGAUGUAUCUGUUCAUGAUGUCAUGACAGAAACCGCUGAGGUUCAAGUUCAAGUCACUCCAAUUGUUCGGAUUGUCGGUAUACCAAAUAACGAAGUCGCGGCAAUCAAGAUUCAAACCACUUUUCGGGGAUACUUGGCAAGAAGAGCAUUCCGGGCUUUAAGGGGACUGUUCAGAUUGAGAUCGCUAAUGGAAGGGCCCGUGGUAAAACGUCAAGCCAUUAGUACCCUCCGUUCUAUGCAGACUUUAGCACAUGUGCAAUCUGAGAUUCGUUCGAGGCGGAUCAGGAUGUUAGAGGAGACCCAAGCUCUGCAAAAACAGCUCUUACAGAAGCACACAAAAGAGCUAGAGAUCAUACAGAUUGGGGAGGAAUGGGAUGAAAGCAUACAAUCAAGAGAACAAGUUGAAGCCAAAUUAUUAAGCAAAUACGAGGCUACUAUGAGAAGAGAAAGAGCAAUGGCUUAUUCAUUCACUCAUCAGAAAAACGGGAGGAAUUCAUCGAAAUCUAUAAAUCCAAUGUUCAUGGAUCCAACCAAUCCUGCUUGGGGAUGGAGCUGGUUGGAACGUUGGAUGGCAGCCAACCAAAGUCCGGUAGAAAAAGAGAAAAACAACAAUCCAUCUCUAAAAAGUUCAGUUCGCAGCACUACCAGUUCUGAAAUAAGCAAAUCAUUUGCUCGUUUCCAGCUCAAUACCGAAACUCAUUCUCCAACAGCCAGUCAAAUUCCGGGUUCGCCAAACUUCCUAUCCAAUUCAAAGCCUCCUAAGCCAGUGGUCAGUAAGAAACUGAAUAAGGCAAGCCCGAAGGAGAGUUUUAUUCUCGACGAUGACACCAAAAGCAUGAUGAGUAUGCAGUCGGAGCGAGUCCAAAGGAGGCACUCCAUUGCUGGAUCAAUAGUGAGGGAUGAUGAAAGCCUUGCAAGCUCUCCAUCAGUUCCAAGUUACAUGGUGUCAACUAAAUCUGCAAAAGCUAAAUCCAGGUUGCAAAGUCCAUUAGCUGCAGAGAAUGGAACACCGGAUAAAGUGUCCAUUGGAAAUGCAAAGAAGCGGCUUACUUUCCCGGCUUCGCCUGGCAGACCAAGGCGGCAUUCAGGUCCACCAAAGGUGGAAAGCAGCUUAAAUGCAGAAAUUACUGUUGGCAAUGGUGUGGCUGGUUGAUAAUAUAACCACAGGAAAAGAAUGCAGAGUACUCCAUUAAUGUUGAAAUUAUAUUUCCAUUAUUUAUUUAUUUAUUUAUCAUGUUUAUGUGUAGCUUAUCAUUUCUUUGAGGCUGUUGAUUUGGGGGUAAAGACUGUUUCCUUACUGUGUUUAUCUGUUUGUAUUUUCUGUAUUUAUUUGCUCACACAUAUUGUUCCAGAUGGUAUUAUGACAGCAGAGCAAGUCAACUGUCAGAAUUUCUUUGGGAAUUUUUUCAUUACAAACUAUUAUUAUUGUGUUUUUCUUGAUUCGUGUAAUAUUUAAUAAGCAUGUAUAUUUAAUUUAAUUUUCUCCUUUCUUA